CAAAGAGGGUGGUGAGUGGUGACUGGUGAGGAGAUCUGAGAUGCUGGGUGGUGGUCGGGUGGUGUGGUGAGGUGGGGACUCUCCAAAAUCUUAACUCGGAUUGAUCAUUGAUCCUCCCCUCCUCCUCUGAUUCUCCCUCCUAUUUUCAAAGCAUUUUCCGCGUGUCGAUUUGGUAUACAUCUCCAUGGCCUCCUCCUCUUCUGUCACGGGUGGAUAUCGGAUUCUAAACUAUUCAGUCUUAGAUCUGCUGCUGCUCUCUCUGUCUGUGGGUGGUGGUUUUCCUUCCUUUUAUCUUCUCUCUCACCUCCCCUUCUGUGUAGCUUCCGAGACCAUACCCACCACUGCUGCUCCACCAACCCCACUCUUAAAAGCUACCCAAGAAGAAGGGAUCAGCGUCAAUCGUAGAAUCCUCAUCGCAGUCGUCAUCGCUUCUCUGUCCCUCGUUUUGGUACUGCUCAUGGUCAUGGCCUCCCUCAAGUUCCUGGGGUUCAGGUUCAGGUUCAGGAUCAGACGUAAACCUAAGCGUGUAGUAGACGAUGCGGAGCGUGGUGAUGAGUUAUCCACCGCUUCUUCUCAUCAGGAUUCGAAGGGGGAGGAGAUUUCUAGCGUUCCGAAGAGGUUUAGUUGGGAUGAGGUUGAGAGGUUUACUGUGAAUUUCUCGCGUGUGAUUGGAGAAGGAGGUUUUAGUACCGUUUAUCUGGCUCACUUCCCCAAUUCCACCCUCGGAGCGAUCAAGGUCCAUAACAACAGCGAACGUCUCAAUCGAGUCUUCAAGCAGGAACUCGAAAUCCUGCUUCACAUCCAACACCCCCAUAUCAUCGACCUUCUUGGCUACUGUGAUGAACGAGAAGAAGGCGUCCUGGUGUUCGAAUACGUUCCAAACGGAAGCUUGCAGGAGAAACUCCACGGUCAUGGAGAGUCUCUGCUUCCGUGGAAGACUCGCAUGUCCAUUGCGUACCAACUCGCCCAAGCCAUCGCAUACCUGCACGACAACUGUACGCUCCAAAUAGUUCACGGCGACAUCAAAGCAUCCAACAUCCUCCUCGACCAACAUUUCAACUGUAAACUCUGCGAUUUCGGUUUCGCAAAAAUGGGUUUUUCGUCUGCGGUUCUGCCAUCAGCCAUGAACCCAGUAAUGGGUUCACCUGGUUACAUUGACCCUCACUACCUAAGAACAGGAAUCGCGUCAAAGAAGAAUGACGUCUAUAGCUUUGGGGUGAUCGUUCUGGAGCUAAUCACGGGGAUCGAAGCUUUUUGCUCCGAGAAAGAGCAGCUCUUGACGUCAAUAGCCGGGCCACUGUUGGGUGACCUGAAUAAGGUUCCGGAGAUGGUGGAUUCCCGACUUGAGGGCCAGUUCGAAACAGGGGAAGCCAUGGCGAUGGCUUCCAUAUCAGCUCUGUGCCUUCGCCAGCAACCCAGCCUUAGGCCUUCCAUGGCCGAGAUCUUGUGUACCAUAAGAGAAAGGAUAUCGUGCUUGUCUUUUGUUGCCCCGGCUGAAGGAGCCAAUGACACCACAGCCUAAUAUUAAAAGAGAGAGGGUCAGAAGGACACUGUACAAUGUAUAUAUUCCGCGUCUGCAUUUGCACAGCCAAAUCUCGAACAGGAACUUUAGAAAAAGAAAGUGAAAGGAACAAAGUACAAAUCGAGUGGGAGUUUUAUGCUUUUUAUUUAUUUGUUUAUUCAUUUUGUAGUUGGAUUGGUGAACAGGAAAAAAUUCCGAGUCCCCUCGGAUGCUUCUUCCAUGGAAGACGCGACCCUGUUGCUCAUAAUUUAUCAGUGAUCGUUCUUUCCGUUCCUCAGUUCAACAACAAUGGAAUGGAGUUUGUCUUUCUUAA